GAAGGGCUUCUCCCCUUCUCUCUGAUAAGGAAACAUGCUAGGACCUUGUUGGAUUAGUCUUUUUCAAUGGAUUAAAACACAACUCAGCCUCUGCAAGGUGAUGUGACAAUGCCUGACCCAUCCCCACCGGGGUGGCAGGCACUCCCAGCGUCCCUGCUAGCCUACAGCCUUCUCCUGGGGCCACACCUCCCCAGCUGAGUAUUGCCAAGGGUAGUCCAUUAACAGGGAACUCAAGCUGUCCUCUGAUCUUCUGGACCCAUUAGAACAAGCUCCUGCUUAGGAUGUGGAGUGGUCCUGUAGCAGCCAAAGUGGAACUUCAGUUUCUAAGUUUGGCCUAAAAUCAACUAAGGUGUGAAGUCUGGGGAAGUCCUGUAGCCCAGUGAUGAACAUGGUGUAGGGUUUUUUCAACAAUGUAGGAAAAAUCCAUCCCUCUUGCCCAGCUGUGUAAUUUUUAGUCCUAGCUCUGCUGUGUGGGAGCUGGAGACUGAAGCGGAAUAAAGGCCCCAUGUGCCAGGUGGAAGAUAAGAGCUAAUCCCUACUUUGAAAAAAGCAUCAUCUACAUAAGCAAGAUGGAUGCAGCCAAGUCCCAUCCCAUCUUCUGAGCACAGAUCUAAGCACACAGCUUAGCUGAUCUCCCUUUUGGCAAGUCCUGAGCCUCUGUUCCCCCAGGAUGCCUAAAUUCCCCAAUCAGCUGUUUCCCUAUGUUAAAGAGAUGGAUUUAACCCAAAAGGGCUGGCUGGAUCCUGAAAACCAAUCAUGCAGCCCACUGUUCCUCAAUAGCCCAAGGGGAGAACAAGUCAUCUGCUGCCAAAUAUUUAUUGACAGGAAUAUGAGGGCCCUAUUUCUGCUGGGGGGAUUCUGCCUAAGUCUUCAAUCGUGCCUUGUGUACAGAACAUUACAUCCCAGUGGGAACAAUCACAGCCUUGAUCUUGGCCAAGAGCAGGAGAAGCCAAGAGCUGGAAUUGCCCACCCAUGGUUUUCCAGCAGGGAGCAAAGCACACCUCCUGCUCUAGGAGCAGCCUGAAUGCAGCCCCACACUAUCUUCCCAGAAAGUCCUCAAGUUUACUUCAGCCCCCCUGUUUACUGCAUCAUCUCUGCAGAAUUUCAUGCACAUGACAAUUUGGUACAUUAAAUGUCUCCAUUGGUGCAAAAAACCAUCAAAUUUUUCAUUACAUGUCCCCUUAAGUAGUAGGGGGCUUAGCACUGACCCCUAGGGCUGUCUUCAUGGACUAGAUCCUUCUCCAGUUCAGCUUAGGAUUUUACCAAAAGCCCAUUAAACCAGGGGUUUUCUUCUCCUGCCCAAAGAGAGGGAAGAUGAGACCCCUCAUUUAUGGAGAUGACUUGCUCAUCUGGUUGGCUCAGCAAUUUGUUCAUUUGGGAAACUAUUUUUACUCACCCUGAAUGACUAAGCACAUCGUUUUGGGGGCUGAUGGCUUUUCCUUUUUCCGCUCUUUUUUGGAUUUAUUUAUUUUUAGGUUUCUUUGGGAGGGAAGGGAAGCAGAAUGCAGAAUGAAAGCUCAGAGAAUAGGAGACAGAGAUCAAGGGAGAGUGGGAAGAUUGGAUUUACCCCUCCAAGUCUCAGGCUGCCUUACUGCUUAUGGAACAUAGCAAUCCACUGAGCAAUUUUAUAGGGGUAAUAGGAAAGGAGCAUUCAGGAGGCUGUGGACUUUGUUCUUCAGAAAUAAAAAAAAAAGCAGGGUCAGGUUCUGCUAAUGGUUUCUGAAGAGCUUGAGUAGGAUUUGAGACAGAAGAUUUUCUCACAGGUCUUACAGCACUUGAUGAUGCUACAGCCCACAUGUCUCUAAUGUGAUUAUGGGAGAAUUGCUUUGGGGCAGCAAGCAUCCUUCUGUUCUGUUUGUCCCGUGCUUAGCACAAGGGGAAGCCGGCCUUGAUGCUGGCCACAGUAAUGCAGGCAAUUAUUCAUACUCACCCCACCUUUUAUUUGAGAGGAAAGUAGUCCUAGACCAUAUGGUUGAGGGUGUGCAUGCAUGACCUUUGAAGGUGCCCAGAAAAUUGGAGGUGGGUUAAAAUAAUGUAGAAUAUUGAGGGGUCUUAUUCCUUCCAUUUUUUAUGUCAGUUCCCUGGGGUCACCUGAAUGGUUGUUGGACCAGUGACGCUGCAUACAUGCCACUGUGGUCCAUAUAAUAAACCUCUCACCACUCACACUUAACAUUGAGGAAGAUGAUGAAUCACUCACCCAAAGACGAAAAAGUGUUCUGCAAACUGUAGGGAUGACCUGGUACCUGGAGAAGAGGAAAAGCAACCAUUCAACCUCCCUGACCUUUCAGUCCUAUUCAUACCAGGGAAUGUGACUGUUUCUGUUGAUCUCACGUUCCCCUAGACCACCCUGCUGCCUCCUCUUGCCUGCUCCAAACCUCCUCUGACCUUUUUCUCUGAUAACCCUCCAUCCCUGCCUGACAUUAAGAGGAGCAGCCACACAACUUUUCCCAGACAAACAAACAGCAGGCUCAUCCAUAGCUCCAGUCUGCAUCCACGGGGUUUCAUUGUUCCUCCUGAGCCGGCAGGGAGGAUGCUCUGCACAGCUCAGUUUGUCCAAGCCCUCUAGAAAAGCUGACGACAGCUGGCCAUGGCUCUGCCUCUCCUGCAAACCUCUUAAUCCCACAGGAGCAUCACUCUCACCCUAGCACUGCCUCUGUUUCUUAGCAGCUUCUUGGAGAGAGAUCUGGAUCUCAUCACGGGCAGCCAUAGCAGUAAUAAAACCUUCUUUACUUUGGCAGGACCCAACACCACUCCAGCAGUAAUAAAUCCUGAACCAGAGGGCAAUUUGUCCUUUUUUUAACCACUGCAGGCUUCAGAAGGAUUAAGUUGGUCUCAUGGAAACUGGACUUCCUCCAGUCCCAGAGACCUGUGGAUGUGCAAGAAGUUCCCCUACAUCAGACCAACCCACAGGGAUGAACACAGGCUGGGUGCCCCUACACUGAAGCCAAACCUGCCUGUGAAGAGCUGAGUGAAUUACCAUCCUUAUUUCUUAGCUCAGCACUUUGUGGGUAGGCUUAAGGCUUUUCCAGAGGAUUUCCCUUCCCUUGCAGUUUCUGCUCACAUGAACUUUUGUUCUACCCACCCCGUUUCCAGUAUUCUGGGAAUUUCUCUGCUCCCCUUCCCCAGCACUGCAGCUGAACUGCCUGCUGCAACAAGGCCACCUGCACCAGGCUAUGUCACUGUGGGGUGACACAGCGUGUCCUUGUGUCCUCACCCUCCCUGUGCAUCCUUCUGAAUGACCUGCAAGCUGUCCCUGCGCGCCACCAGCUGCUCUCCGUCAUCAUGUCCCUGAGGGGACUCUACCGCAGCACCCUAGACCUAGGAUUCCGUGCAGCUUCCAGAGUGUUAUCAAUGAGAGGUAGCAAGCACAUCCCUGAUCCUGUGCUAAGCCUGGGCACAGCCAAAUCCUCCCGGGCUUGACCAGCCUUCGUGACAACCCCACCCCUCUCCCCUAAAACAGCCACAUGCCGUGCAUCCUGCUGCCGGAGUGCUCCCACCCCUCCCUGCGCUGGGAUUUGCUCCAUGCCAGCAGGAUCUAUUACCUCACACACAGAAUUUAUCCCCUUUCCAUUCAUCCCCUCACCACCAGAGCCCGUUUUUCCCCACAGCAUUGCAUCACCACCACCUCCCCUCGUUAAUUCCGUUCGUCCCCACGCACUCCUGCCACACUUAUUUUAGUUUUUCACCCAGGUCCAUAGCGGAGAACCCGCAAACAAGGCUGCAGCGAGUCCCCGCUGCAAAUGUCUCUGCGGGUGACACUGGGGAGAGCAGGGCCGAGCAUCCCCUUCUGCUGCUCGGGGAAGCCGCUCGGCCGGGGCCCAGGAGGUGCCCUUCUCCAGCGGGGCGCUACCAGGAUGCUCCAAGCAGGAGGUGACGUCCCAGUGGGGGGGACACGAGGAGAAGGGCUGAGACACAGAGGAGCUCUCCUGCGUGAAGCAUGUUCGGGGGAAGACGGGGGGCUGCAGGUUGACCUUCCCAUCCCCUAACUCCCUCCCUGCCCAUCCCUAGUCCAUGGGUGCCCCUCUCCCCGCCCUCCCCUCCUCCUUCAACUCCAGCGCCGAGGAAGCCGAGCCGGAGGCAGUGCUGAGCCGGAUAUGCAGCGACUCCCCGCAUCCCUCCUUGGCAGAGCGCGGUGACGCCGCGGCAGCCACCACGGAGAGGACACAGGACCCCCCCUUGGGCCCGCCAUGCCCCUUUGAGGGGGUGGCCUGGACCCCGAGACCCCCGCAAGGCCCCCCGCAGGGCUGCUUCGCCUGCAUCGCCAAGCCCCCAGCCCUCCGGCAAGCUUCGCCCGUCCUGUCUCCUUCUUCUGCCGUUUAUCUCAUGGAGAGCAAGAGCUGCAAAGGGGACAGCCUGCGGCCGGCGGUCCCGUGCAAGCACUCGGUGGAGAAAAAGACGAUGACCAACCCCACCACUGUCAUCGAAAUCUACCCCGACACCACCGAGGUGAACGACUACUAUCUCUGGUCCAUCUUCAACUUUGUAUACCUCAACUUCUGCUGCCUCGGCUUCAUCGCCUUGGCCUAUUCAUUGAAAGUCCGGGAUAAGAAACUCCUCAAUGACUUAAAUGGAGCAGUUGAAGAUGCCAAGACAGCCCGGCUUUUUAACAUCACCAGCUCAGCCCUUGCCACCUUCUGUAUCAUCCUUAUCUUCAUUUUCCUGCGAUACCCUCUCACUGACUACUGAGUGAGGCCAACAGCAGCUGCUGCCGCCAAAAUGCCUCUAUGCCAGAAGUGUCUGCAGUUUCUUGUAGCAAGGACACACAAAACAAGCCAACCACUACACCUUGAUUACAAAAAAAAAAAAAAAAAGUCAAUUAAAUACAUAAAUAAAUGUUAAAUUAGUUUAUCAGCCCAGCUGAGCAUACCUUUCUUGCCCUGAAAUGGUAUGUGAACAGCAGAAGGAAAGGGUCUCACUCUUACACAUGUACAGGAAGAAAAACAGACCAAGAAAUAUUUGUUUUAUGGCCAAGAAACUGCGUGAAAAGGGUGUGUGAAGCCCAGAGCUACGCACACUUAGUGGCAGACAGCUGAGCUCUAGGAAGCAGUGGGGUCCUCUGGAGCUGGAGACACAUGCAGUGAUGGAUGGGGAUCAUGGCAGGGCUGGCUUACAACAUAUCAGGUGUGUUCAGACCGCCCCACCACCCCCAGCUUGUGGGGGUUUCUUUUCCUUUUUUCUUCUCUUGAAUUUCAUCCACUGGUUCAAACAACUCCCAACCCCUGGAGAGCUGAAGGUGUUAGGAAAUUUCUGCUGGGGAGCCUCAAAGCCUCCCGAGAAACCCCGAAGUGUUAAAGGGCAGGUUACUCCUUGGGAUCUCCCAGCAGUGCUGAGAAGGACAGCACCUUCUGGAGAACUCGCCUAAGCCACCUAAUCGGAGUGCUACUGUAUUUCUGUAAACAGUCAAUAAAAAAAUACCUCUGAUA